UGCACCAGGAGCUCCAUCCGGGUCGCCAGUGGGUGCACAGGUACCCCGAGCCUGCACCAGGAGCUCCAUCCGGGUAUCCAGAAGGUGCACAGGGUCCCUAGGAGCUCAUCCGGGUUUCCUGCAGGUGCACGGGGCCCCCAGGAGCUCCCUGUCCCUGCCAUGACCCUGUACAGGAAGUCCUCUGAUGAUUGACAGCCUAAUUAUGUGUGCCAUGGCUCCUGGCAGGUACACUUAGCCUCCCCCGGGGUGGCUCUGUCACCCUUAGACUCAGCCAUGAGUUUUUUCUCACUGAGUCACAGCCGGGAGACAUUGAUCACCGACCUAUCUCUCUCUGACAUGGAGGUUGACACAUGCUAGCUGUCGGCCAAGGCCCCAGGCAGACGGAGUCUGGCUCUGGCAGCGGGAAGUCGUGUCCUGGAGCCUCCAAGGGAGCGGUGAGUGGGGGGUCAGGGACACGCGGGAGGGGGCUGUGCCAAGGUCCUGGGGUCACCUUGCUACAUGGUACCGAGAAAUCGCAACAGCGCAUCAAACUUGCAACAUUGUAUUGAAUUUGGCAGGUUGUAUUGGGUUGCUACAAUGUGUCAAGUUUGUGAAUCAAAGCUGCCACGGUGGGUCAAAUAGCUACAAUGUAUCAGAAUUGCGAUCUGUAAUUGCUACAAUGUAUCAGAUUCAUGAACUGCUAUCAGAUUCCGAAUUGCUACAAUGUAUCAAAUUGCUACAUUGCAUCAAGUUUGUGAGUUAAAUUUAAAUUUGGAAUCGCUACACUGCAUCAAAUCGCUAUGAUGUAUCAGAUUGGUGAAUCAAAAUGGAAGUUAAAUUCGCUACAAUGCAUCAAAUUUGUGAGUUAGAAUUGCUACAAUAUAUCAAAUAGCUGGGAUAUAUUGUGUUUGUGAGCUAAGGUUGGAGUCAAAAAUCCCUACAGUGUGUCAAAUUGCUACAAUGUAUCAAAUUUGAUGAAUUAGAGGUGGAUUAGGAAUUUCUACAAUGUAUCGAAUUGCUACAGUGUAUCAGGUUUGUGUUUUGAGACCCAAAUCAAAAUUGAUACAAUGUAUUAACUUUGCGAAUUAGAAUUGCUACAAUGUAUUUGGGCUGUCCAGUUGUGGGUGGAGCCAUGGUCCUUCCUGCUGCACAGAGUCUCUGUAGUUGGGAUAACUCAGCAUCCAGCACCCUACCCAGAGGACUCCAGAGACUUCUUCGUAGCCAACUAUUGAUCCAUCUAUUCUGGGAGUCGGCCUGAUUGAGUGAGUGAUGGACACAUAGGCCAGCGUGAGUCAGCAUGACUCAGCAGAAGGCGGUUGGGGUUUCCGGAAUGUUCUCUAUGUGUGGUAGCCUUGAGGGAUGAAUAUGUGUCCCCAGCAAUGAAUGUGUCUUAGCAUCUGGGUCAGAAGCUCAUGCUGUUGAUAUGAUUGACAGCUGUCAGUCUGUGCGGAUUUGUCUGGAGGCCGGAAGAUUCCAGCCAGGGCCAGUGCAGGUUCUAGCACCCAGGAAAUGGGCAUUCGAAUCUGACUGUGUCCGAUUGCUAUGGGAGACGGGACCACCAGUGAAGACGUGUCUGGAUCGGCUUAUUGGUUAGGAUGAUGAGAGCCUCAUGCCUCCUCCUCCUCCUCUUCCUGGGUCCAAGCCAAGGCCACGCCCACACUGCAACCACAGCCCCACUCCUCAACAUCCUCCUGCUCCUGGCCGAUGACCUCGGCAUUGGUGACCUCGGCUGCUAUGGCAACAGGACGCUCAGAACCCUGAACAUUGACCAGCUGGCACGUGAUGGUGUGAAACUGACCCAGCACUUGGCUGCCGCCCCACUGUGCACACCAAGUCGUGCAGCCUUUCUGACUGGACGCUACCCGGUGUGCUUGGGCAUGGCUGCACGGUCGCGGGUGGGUGUCUUCCUGUUCCUGGCUUCAUCUGGGGGUCUCCCGGCCACCGAGGUCACAUUCGCCAGGCUAGCCAAUGCCCGCAGCUACACCACAGCGCUUGUCGGGAAGUGGCACCUGGGCCUGAGCUGCCGGCACCCGCAUGACUUCUGCCACCACCCGUGGGUCCACGGCUUCGACCAGUUCUUCAGGCUCCCGGCCACCAACCUGCGGGACUGCAAGCCAGGGGCUGGCACGGUGUUCGAGGGUGCGGUGAGCUGGAUCGUGGUGGUCCCCGUGCAGGCCCUGGGCACUGCUGCCCUGACCCUGGCCGCCCUGCGCUGCCUCAGCCUGGCCCGGCCGCCGCCUGCCGCCUUCCUGGGCCUCCUGCUGCCCGUGGCCAUCUUGCUGGGUGGCCACUUCCUGUUCCGGCACUACUUCCGGCCACUCCACUGCUUCUUCAUGCGCGACUUUGAAGUGGCCCAGCAGCCUCUGGACUAUGAGAACCUCACGCAGAGGCUCACGGAGGAGGCCGCGGGGUUCAUAUGGCGGAACUCCCAGAAGCCCUUUCUGCUGCUGCUGUCAUAUGUCCACGUUCACACAGCCCUGUUCACCUCCCCAGAGUUCGCCCACAGGAGCUGGCAUGGGGCUUAUGGCGACGCUGUGGAGGAGUUGGACUGGAGCGUGGGCCAGAUCCUGCAGGUUCUGGACAAGCUGGGCCUGGCCAGCUGCACCAUCCUCUACUUCUCGUCUCACCAGGGCGCCCACGUGGAGGAGGUGACGGCCACAGGCGAGGUCCACGGGGGCAGCAACGGCAUCUACAGGGGUGGCAAAGCCAACAACUGGGAGGGUGGCAUCCGGGUGCCAGGGGUCCUCCGCUGGCCUGGGGUCAUCCCUGCCAGACACGAGGUGGACACGGCCACCAGCAACAUGGACAUCUUCCCCACUGUUGCCAGGCUCACGGGGGCACCGCUGCCCCGUUAUAGGGUGAUUGAUGGGUGGGACCUGAUGCCCCUUCUCCAGGGGCAGAGCCAGUGGUCGGCCCAGGAGUUCCUGUUCCACUACUGCAACGCCUAUCUGCAGGCUGUGCGCUGGCUGCCAUGCAACAGCUCAGCCGUGUUCAAGGCCUUCUUCUUCACGCCCAAGUUCCACCCGGCUGGCACCAAUGGCUGCUUCUCCACCCACAUGUGCCUGUGCCAGGGUCCCACCCAUGUGACAAACCAUGACCCACCCCUGCUCUUCAACCUGGCCCAUGACCCUGGUGAGGCCAUGCCCCUCACACCACACACCAAGCCGCACCAUCAGGCAAUCCUGGAGGCCAUCCUGGAGGCGGUGGCAGAGCACCAGGGCUCUGUGCCCCCCAACCAGCUGGACCCAGGCCACGUGGUCUGGAAGCCAUGGCUGCAUCUUUGGGCAGCUGGGUCCUCAGGGCCAUAG